UUGCUCUUGCAUUCCAUUCUUCCUCUGUGUCUCUCUCUGGUAUAUUCUCUCUCAUCUCUCUCUCUCUCUAACAAGUUAGUUUUCUUCCUAUAAGUGAUAUCCGAAUGUCGCUAUGAAUGGAAGACGCAUAGCUUCCAUUCCUAACCCACGCGUCAUCCUUUUCAAGUUUCUUUCUCUCUCCCCUUUCUUUAUCCAUUCUCGUCUCUGUUGUUUUCUCUCUCAUCCGCAAAUGGGUUCAAAAUCAUAGCCCUUUUCCACUCGUGGGUUUUUACCAUUAUUGAUACAAUUUCAAUCCAUUUCAAGUUUUUUGUGAAGUGGGUUUUUGAGAUCAGAGGCUAAAAAUGGCACCGUCGUUGGAUUGGUGGUCGAAAGAGACCACCAGGGGGACGCCGGUGGUGGUGAAGAUGGAGAACCCCAUCAACUGGUCCAUGGUCGAGCUCCAAUCCCCCUCUGACCACGAUUUCCUAACCCAUUCCCCGAACCACAAAGCCAGAAACAAGAACGCCAAACAGCUCACUUGGGUCCUCCUCCUCAAGGCCCACCGAGCCGCCGGCUGUUUAUCCUCCAUUGCCUCCGCCGUCCGCCGCCGCAUCGCCUCCGGAAAAACCGACACCGACGCAGACACCGGCACCGACAGAUUCGCCGAGAACUUCACCGUCAGAGCUCGCAUCUAUUCUUGCAUAAAAGUGUUUCUGUGGAUCUCUGUUUUGUUACUAGGGUUUGAGGUAGCUGCGUAUUACAAGGGUUGGCAUUUUGGUGCUCCAAAUCUUCAUAUAGAUUAUUUAUCUGUUCUGGGCAUGUUUGAUUCCUUGUAUUCCUUGUGGGUUUUGAUUCGGUUGAAUUAUCUAGCUCCACCUCUUCAAUUCCUUACCCAUGUCUGUAUAUUGCUCUUCCUUGUUCAGAGUUUGGAUAGGUUAGUUCUUUGUUUGGGUUGUUUAUGGAUCCGAUUAAAGAAGAUCAAACCGGUCCCAAAAUCCGGUUCAGACGAUCUCGAGUCCGGCGAGGGGGGUUUCUUCCCCAUGGUUCUUGUUCAGAUUCCUAUGUGCAAUGAAAAGGAGGUUUAUCAGCAAUCUAUUGCUGCCGUGUGCAAUUUAGAUUGGCCCAAUUCGAAACUGCUAAUUCAAAUUCUUGAUGAUUCGGACGACCCAGCAACCCAACUGCUGAUCAGAGAGGAGGUUCAUAAAUGGCAGCAAGAGGGUGCCAACAUUCUCUAUCGGCACCGAGUAAUCCGCGACGGAUACAAAGCUGGUAAUCUCAAGUCUGCCAUGAAUUGCAGCUAUGUCAAAGACUAUGAAUUUGUUGCCAUUUUCGAUGCGGAUUUUCAACCCAACCCUGAUUUUCUUCAAAGAACAGUUCCCCAUUUCAAGGAUAACGAGGAACUAGGGCUUGUUCAAGCGAGGUGGUCAUUUGUGAAUAAGGAUGAAAACCUUCUAACAAGGUUGCAGAACAUUAAUUUAGCUUUUCAUUUUGAGGUAGAGCAGCAAGUGAAUGGAGUUUUCCUCAAUUUCUUCGGGUUCAAUGGGACUGCCGGUGUGUGGAGGAUAAAGGCUUUAGAGGAGUCCGGUGGAUGGUUAGAGAGAACCACUGUCGAGGACAUGGACAUUGCUGUCCGGGCUCAUCUCCAUGGAUGGAAAUUCGUCUUCCUUAAUGACGUGGAGUGCCAAUGUGAAUUACCUGAAUCUUAUGAAGCUUACCGGAAACAACAGCAUAGAUGGCAUUCUGGGCCAAUGCAGUUGUUUCGACUGUGUUUGCCAGCCAUUAUCAAAUCAAAGAUCAGCAUUUGGAAGAAAGCGAAUAUGAUUUUCCUCUUCUUCCUCCUAAGAAAACUUAUACUACCCUUUUAUUCAUUCACUCUUUUUUGCAUAAUUCUUCCCAUGACAAUGUUCAUCCCAGAAGCUGAGCUUCCAGCAUGGGUUGUAUGUUAUGUCCCGGCUACUAUGUCAUUCCUCAAUAUCCUACCAGCCCCAAAAUCAUUUCCUUUCAUCGUUCCCUACCUCCUCUUCGAAAACACCAUGUCGGUCACAAAGUUCAAUGCCAUGAUCUCUGGCCUGUUCCAACUAGGAAGUGCAUACGAGUGGGUUGUGACCAAGAAAUCAGGCCGAUCAUCUGAGGGCGAUCUUGUGUCCUUGGCUGAGAAAGAGCCAAAGCAUCAGAGGGGCGUGUCAGUGCCUGAAUUCGGAGAAAUGCAAGAGGAAAUCAAAUUGCUGGAGCAUAGGGCUUCUCGGAAGAAGAAGCAUAAUCGGAUAUAUACAAAAGAGUUGGCAUUGGCAUUCCUUCUACUCACAGCUUCUGCAAGGAGUCUAUUGUCUGCUCAGGGUAUCCAUUUCUAUUUCUUGCUCUUUCAGGGGAUAUCGUUCUUGUUGGUUGGUCUUGAUUUGAUCGGUGAGCAGGUUGAGUGAAACGGAAAUUGAUAGGCUUUGGUACAUAUGGAUCAUAUAAGCACAAGGAACAAUAGCAACAUGUGCUGAAUUUCAGUACCGUGGAAGUUGAGCGACAAUUGGGGGAUUUUUGGAGGGCUGAGAGGGCUCUGCUUACUUGUUCUCCCCCUUCCAGAGCCACUGAUCCCACAGAUAGGACGAAUCAUGUGUGAAAAGGACUGUAGAAUCACUUCAUUCUGGAGAUAAGAGGAAAAACCCAUUAGGAAAUGGUGAUGUUCAUUACUAUAUUCAAGUAUUUUUUUUUUUCUUUCUUUUUUUGAUCUUUUUAAGGAUUGGUUUUGGCUCUAUUCUUUUGUAAGAAAGAUUUAUUUGUCUAAACAUCAAACUAGGAAUUUAGUUACAGUUCAAUGGAGACUGGAUUUCAGGCAAUCCUCUUGGUGGGAAGCGCCAAUUUUACUGAAUGAUGUUUAUUAAUCGUUUCGAUUGGUGGCAGCUGA